AUGCCCUCCACCAUGGACCCUACCGGAGAGACCCAGCCGGCUUCCCGUUCGCGGAGAGCCGAGCAAUCAGAGCGACAGAACAGCAAUUCAAGCUCGCAAUCAACACCGCCUAGCUAUGGAUAUCACAACACUUUUCACACGCACGCAGCCCCAGUGCUGGCAGCUCCGCCAUCUUACCAAAAUGCAAACAGCACCAAGACGCUCACGUGGGCGUACACCAAGCAUCUUGAAGAGGCGAACGAGCUCUGGAACAACACAUCACCUCCACCCUAUGACUGCACUGUAUUUCAAAGCGGCGUUAUGGGAAUGAAGCAAGAGCUGACAGCCAUCUUCCAAGUGUCGAGGUCAAGAGAGUGGCACGAUGUUUACGUGGUGCUGGAAGGAACACAGCUCAAGCUCCACCGCAUAAAAUCACCCAGUCUCCUCAGCAAGAACAAAUCGCCAACACCAGGGCGCUUGAUCCGCUCAUUCACGCUGCAGCACUCCGAAAUCGGUGUGGCGUCGGAUUUCAAAAAGACCGCGCUGACCCCAAAAUCUCCGUUCGCACACCUGGUUCCGGCCUCCGCGCGUCACAAAUUAUAUGAAACUGACCCUCAUCUUUUUGAACCGGUCCGCGAACAUGUCGUCCGGUUGCGUCUGGAGACGGAACAGUUCCUGCUUUGCGCCAGCAGCCAAGAAGAGAUGCUUGACUGGACAGAGAAGCUGUGUGCAGCAAUUGAUAUCAGCCAACCAUUGGAAGAUCGGAGUGAGCCCCGUUACCGCAGCUUGCCCAGACGAAGUCGCCGACAGCGCGUCCUCGACGGAUCGCGUCUCGGCGAAAACCUCGACAACUUGUCCAGCCUGGAAGCCGGUCGCCGUAUAAUUGCAGAGCAGGAGGAGAUCAUUCGACAGCUCUAUCCUCACCUUGCAGCAGAACCCGGCGCUCCUCAGCUACCGGAGCUAGAUCUACCCAGUGCGCCGACAGAUGCUGAUCGAGAAGAAUUCGACGCAGAUGAUGUGCGCUUUCCUUCACAGCGGCCCCGAAGCGCUUCGCUGAGCCGAAUUGUGUCCAACGAGGGUGAUUCCGCCCCCGAGGACCGCCCAACGACCAGGGACAUGUAUCCGGACCCGAAAGACGCGCCCGUCGUUCGACCGAGCCAGUCGCAAGCUCUCCGUUACCGAAGGCGGUGCGCGCCCGCGCUUCUUGCUUGCUCUCCGCGGGUGAGCGACGUUGUAAUGUGCGGCGGCGAACGUGUGCGCAUCAACACAAAAGAGAAUGUCUUGGUCAUGUACACAUCACACCCUCCCCGGUACGACGCGCAUAAUUUCCCGAAGGCCAAACGGGCACCGAAGGUCCCCAAGUCCGUCCCUGCUCCCAUCCUUGUGGAAAGGCCCUCAUCCCCUCUCCGUGGCGUGAGCGACACUUCCGUCGAAUCGUUCGGCUACGACCUGUCGUCGACGUCCUCCGACUCGGCCGCCGAAGAAACUCGCGUUGGUGCUCCCUCCGAGCCGCCCUCGCCAACCGCACUCACCCAGGCCAAGGCCGAUGCAACGCGCCAGCUUGUCUCCAUGGGCAAGCACAGGCGCAGCGGCGACGAGGUCAGGGAGCACAGCAUGAGCGCAAUGGCUCUCGGCGUCGCGGGCCUGAUGGUGUAA